AUGACUGACACUAUUGUAAGAAUGUUUGUAAACAAAAAUAAAACAACAUUAACGGUAGUCUUCGCGAAAAAGUUGAAUAAUCGUUUCGUUUGAAAUGAACUGGACCCCGGGCAAAAUCGUGGGCACGGUUAAACCAGCCGGGGCAACAGUAGCAGCGAUUCCAGUGGUGGCAUUUACACCGGUUCCCACUCCAACCAUCCUACCAACACAAAUGGUGGCACAGAUCUCAUCGGCGUUGCCGGUGGUACAACAGCCAUCCACCAGCGAGACGGUUUCAGUUAACGGUGGCCAACAGCAGGGAAGUAUCAGCGUUGGAAAAUUACUACAAGGAACCGUUAAUAGUUCGCAGCCUGUAGGGGCGGGUCGGAUCGUGGGUACAGUCAAAAUAGCCGGUAGUGAUCAACCGGGCGUGAGUUCGGAAGAGUUGACCAAACGCGCGAUCGACGAAAUCCACCGGGAUGUACGCAUCAACCGGGUACGCGCAUCCCAGGUCGGCGCCCUCGGUUGGCGUCAGUGUCCACUGAAGAAAACCAACAAACGUUUCCUGAGCCGCACGAUGUCGUCGAUCAUUCAGCACAACAAGCGGCAAGUGGUGCGUAAUUUUCAUUCCUCCACGCGGAAGCUCAUCGAGCUGGAUCAGCAGGAUGAGCUGCGAUACCAGCGGCACCGGCAUUGGGGGAAAUCGGAAACCGAGUCGGAACCCGUCACGGUUCCCGACGAUGGCGAGUUGGAGGAGGGAGAAGUGAGGGACUAGUAGGAUUAGGCAUGGGGAACUAUGCAUUUGUAAGACUUUGAAGAAAUUUUAA